AUGGGCAUAAUUACAGUCUCUAUGUUUUUAUGCUGUAUCACAGUUAAUUUGCAUUUUCGAACAGCAGAAACUCAACAACCUCCAAAAUGGUUAAGAAAAUUUACAGCUCUCAUGGGUUGGUUACUUGGUAUCAACAUUGAUGAACUUGAAUUGGUUGAAGAAACUGUCCACUUAAAAAUUCGUACAAUACCAUAUGAAUCACAAAAUACGCCAUCUGUUAAUAAUACUCAUAAAAAACAAACAAUUCAUUAUAAUAAUAGUAGUAGUAGCGGAAGUUUAAAAGAACUGUCAAAUUCUCAACAUCAUCCAUUGUAUUAUUCAGCAUCUGGAUCAUUGUCGUCAAUCCAUGAUAAUCCAAAAUGGAAUAAACUAUCUCACCACAGUUGUUAUGAUCGUUAUUUUAAUUCUAAUGAUAAAUAUUGCACAUAUUAUCCAAACAUAUCUAAACAAGCAUCAUUUGAACUUCGCUCUAGAGAUAUAAUAUCUAGUGAUUUAAACAAACAUAAUAUUAACCAAUCAGCAAUGAUUUAUAAAAAUAUUGAUAAUAAUAGUAGUAAUAAUCCAUUGAAAUGUUCAACGUGUUCAAUGGUUAAUUCAACUUGUAAAUGUUAUCAUCCAGGGGAUAUCUCUUCACCUAUAUAUUAUUAUCAAAAUACAAAUGAUAUGUUGCCUAAUCAUUCAGAUAAUAGACAGUACAGCAUGUCAUCUAAUACAGAUUUAACAAAUUCACGUUAUUCCUUACCAAUAAAUAUUUGUUCAGAUGACAAUAGAAUAAUAAGUUGUCAGUUAAAUGAAACUGAUGUAGAGAAUAUAAGUCUGUUAAAUUAUUGGAAUAAUAAUGAACAGCCUCAAGAUCACCAUCUCCACGAGCAUCGCGCUCCUCCUCGUCAUUACCAUCAAAACUAUGAAGAAGAGAUUAUUCAAGCAACAAUUCCACCGAAACAAAAGUCAAAAAUCAAACCGGAGGCAGCAAUUCCUCAACCGUCUACAUCACGUUUACAACAUUUCUAUCCAAUCAGUUUGAAUAAGCUAUCAAAAUUAACUCAAAAAGAACGUCAGUCACUGAGACGUAUUAAACAAGAUAUUAGUUAUAUAACAAAAGCAGCAAGACAAUUACAAGGUGAACUGAAAGAACGUGAUUUAAAAGAGAGAAUUAUUGAACAAUGGAAAAUAGUUGGUAUUGUUUUAGAUAGAAUAUUUUUUAUUAUAUAUUUUAUAACAGUUCUUCUGUCUACUCUAUUAUUUCAUCCAACUCUUAUAGAUGAUUCUGUUGACGAUUAA